AUGGCUAAUGCAGCGAUGCAACUUCUGGGCUUAACACUGGCUUUCCUGGGUUUCAUUGGGCUGAUAAUAGCCACCAUCAUGGUGGAAUGGAAAGCUUCGUCUUAUGCGGGAGACAACAUUAUUACAGCUCAGGCCAUGUAUGAGGGACUGUGGAAGACCUGUGUAUCACAGAGCACUGGUCAGAUUCAGUGCAAAGUAUACGACUCACUCCUCAAACUACCAGGGAUCAUCCAGGGCACACGAGGGCUGAUGGUAGCCUCCAUCCUGUUGUGUUUCAUCUCCAUCCUGGUAGCGGUGGUAGGCAUGAAGUGCACCACCUGUCUGGCACAGGAUAAGGAGCAGAAGAACAAGGUGGCUUUAACAGGAGGGAUUCUCUUUAUUAUCUCAGGUCUGUGUGCGCUGGUGGGGGGUUGCUGGUAUGGUAACAGAAUAGCAAAGGAAUUCUAUGACCCCUUCACUCCUACUAAUAACAGGUUUGAAUUUGGGAAAGCCCUGUUUGUGGGACUGGCGUCUGCCUGCCUCACCAUUACCGGGGGAGCUUUCCUCUGCUGCAACUGCUCCAGCAAAGCAUCAGGGAAGUCCCCACACUACCCUGCACCACGCGCCAUGGGCAAGCCAGACAAAGACUACGUCUAGGACCAGGGUGCCAGCAGGCUUCACCAUACACACAUCCCAUUCAUCCCUUUGUAAAGGCCAUAUCCUGAUGUGGUUUUUGAUAAUGUCCCCGAGGUUGUUUUUUGUUUUUAAAUGUUAAUUUGUUUUGCAAUGUGUAUAUUUGCAAUGUUCAUUUUCUGUGCAUUUUGUUUUUUUGUGUUUGUCUUCAUAUACACUUUCACUUUUGUCAAGUGAUGCAUUGUAUGGGGACAUGUAAUGUCGAACCAAGAAUGAAGCUUGAGGUUUGGAGGACCACCUGGGCAGGGCUGCAGAUUCCAUACAGAUGAGGUUGGUGAAAGGUGCAGAGGACAGGAUUCGGUAAAAUACGUGUCCAGGCUUGUUAAAUUCCACGUGUUUGGGUUAAGCAUGUACAAUAGUCCCCAGCUGACAAAUAAUAUCUAACAAAUUGCACUGAUAUGUCACCUGAUUUUUGGCUUUAUACUGGGACCCGUUGUCACUGUCAUGGUUUGACAGUUUUUGGGUAGCUGUUACCUCUGGGUUUCUGCGUUCAACAUCAGUUGGAUAAAUGUUUUUCAUGUAGAAUAUGUUCGUAAAUCUGGGACAAGUUUAACUGUGUAAUGACCGGUCGGUGUCUUUAAUCUUAAAAUGACGUGUAAAUAUACAACAGUUGGGCAUGUUU